AUGGCUCUUCCCACAAAAACAGACGAAUGGGUCCUGGCUGCUCCGACUGGUGUUGAGAACGCCUACCGACUCAACAAGGGCGUCCCUCUCCCGGCUCUCGGGAACAAAGACGUCCUUUUGGAGAUCAAAGCGGUCUCGCUCAACUUCCGAGACGUUGCGAUUGCAAUGGGCGCCUACCCUCUACCCACCAAGUUUCCUCUCGUUCCGUGCUGCGACGCGUCUGCCGUUGUGCUCGCCACGGGUGCUUCGGUCACGUCCGUGGCCGCCGGCGACGGGGUGAUUGUCCUUCCCGCGCCAUUGUUUCAAUCAGGCCAUAUGACCACUGCCACCUUCGGGGCGCCCGGUGACGGAUUCAUGCCCGGCUUGCUGCGGCGGCAUGCCGUUCUUCCGGCGUCUUGGGUAGCGCGCUUCCCGCGCUUCUUGUCCUUUGUCGAAGCGUCGACCCUGGGCGUCGCCGGCGUCACGGCGUGGAACAUUCUCGCCCCGUAUGGCCUUGGCGCCCCGGACGCGGCGGUCGUCAAACCGGGCAGCUGGGUGCUCACGCAAGGCACGGGCGCUGUUUCCUUGUUUGCAGCCGAAUUUGCUGUCCGUCUCGGUGCCGUCGUCGUCGGCACAACCAGCUCCGACGCCAAGAAGCACUGGCUCACGGACCUCGGCGUCACGACGGUCAUCAACUACAACGAAGACCCGUUGUGGGGUGAGACGGCGCGCCGCCUGACGCCUGAUGGCGAGGGCGUGGACUUGGUCGUCGACGUGGGUGGGACAGGGACGCUCGGGGAGAGCCUCAAGGCCAUUCGGUACGAUGGGACGGUGGCCGUGACCGGGUUCUUGACGGGCGACAGCACGGCCGGCCCGUCCGUUAUGGAUGUCUUGCCGCGUGCGGCCAACGUCCGGGGCGUGCUGGCGGGGUCCAGGGCGCACUACGAGGAAAUGGCUCGCAUGAUUGAGCAGUGGCAAUUCCACCCCAAAGUCGACGACGAGGUUUUCCAGUUUGAGGACGCCAACACGGCGGUCCAAUAUUUGGCAGCGCAAAAGCAUAUCGGAAAGGUCGUCAUUGAAGUCAGCCCGGAAAGCCGUGCUGCUUAA